AUAGGAAGAGGAUAGAUCGACAGGGGACGUUCAGUAUCAGCUGUUAAAUUUGACAGAUGACAUAGAAUUAGCUGUCCGUGAAAGAUUGAAUGGAAGCAACAGAGGCAACUGAGACACGAAGGGAAUUGGACAAAAAGUGCGUCACUGAGGGCAGCUACCAUGUUACGGAAGCCAGUUCACAGACCGACCCCAAAGUGCAAGGACAUGGACCUCGGUUAUCGAAAGUUAACCUUUACACGUUGUUGAGCCUGUGGAUGGAGCUAUUUCCCCAGAAGAAGGCUGUGUUCAGCAACGAAAAUGAAGUUACCCGCAGAACUGGUUUGGUCGUGGUCCAUGAGAGGAGAAUUCUGGGCCUUCAUUGUUCGAGCGCAGAGCUGCAUGCGGGACAGGUAGCAGUGGUGAAGCAUGGCCCUCGCCUUACCAGGUGUGACUUGUACUUCUCAAGGAAGCCCUGCUCCACCUGCCUAAAGAUGAUCAUCAAUGCCGGGGUCAGUCGGAUAUCAUAUUGGCCUGGAGACCCUGAGAUCAGCUUACUGGCCAGCGAUGAGGCCAGCAGCAGCGCAGACAGUCGCCUGGAGGCUGAACUGGACGCUGCGGCUGCAGAAAAGCUGAAGUCCAGCAGCCGCCCGUACAUGGGUGUCCUCCUUCAGCCUCUGGCCUUUGACAUGCAGCAGUACGUGGAGGAAACGUCCGCCUCAUGCGACUUCCAGGAGAAGAUGGCCACUGACCUUCCCGUGGUGGACGUUGGGGAUCUCUUCCGGCAGCAGCUUUGGCAGAACAGGGACGAGCUCUCCCGGGUGUUUCUGGUCGUGGACGAGACGAGGCACCGCGGACUGCUGACCAAAAUGGGCCUUGUGACGUUCUGCGCGGAACCGUACUUCAGCAACUUGAGGCAGCACAUGCGGGACCUGGUGAGACUCUUGGCCUCCGUGGCCUCCAGUGUUCCGCGCGUGGAGGACGCUGGUUAUGGGUUCUACCUGAAAGGCGGUUCUGGCACCGUCACUUCUCCUAACGUUCCCCAGGACGUUAUACGACACUGCAUCGUUCAAGCCAAACUACUAGCUUAUAGAACUGAGGAUCCUAAGGUUGGAGUCGGUGCUGUGAUCUGGGCAGAGGGACAGUUGGGCCUCUGUGAUGGCACAGGCAGACUGCACCUGGUGGGCUGUGGCUACAACGCCUACCCCGUUGGUUCGGAGUAUGGAGAAUACCCCCAGAUGGACGAUAAGCAGGGCGACCGCCAGAGUAGGAAGUACCGUUACAUCAUUCACGCUGAGCAGAACGCCAUCACGUUCAGGAGCGUGGAGAUUAAAGAGGAACAGGGGACGAUGCUGUUUGUCACCAAAUGCCCGUGUGAUGAAUGCGUGCCUAUGAUCCGAGCGGCUGGCAUUCGGCAGGUCUACACCACUGAUCUGGACAGCGGCAAAAAAAAACACGAUAUUUCCUACCUCAGGUUUGACGGUCUCCAGGGAGUACAGAAAUUCAUUUGGCAAAGAAGACCUCAGACAAAGAGUGUGUGUGAGAAGCAAUCUCCGUUCACUGUAGCAAAUGGAUGCAUGAAGCACCCGAGGCAGGAGUCGUCUGAGCCGCUGCCUAGUAAGAGGUUAUGCUCAUGAAGAAAUGCGUCAACUUUGAGAUGGUGCAUGUUUCAAGAACUGAAUAAGGACGAAGCCACGAGACUUCAGUGGGUCUUGUUAGUUGAGAUCAUAUGCACAUAUUGUUGACUUCCAAGAAGGGUUUGACGUUUAUAUUUAAAUAUUCGAUCAUAUUUUAGAUAUCAUGUUUUAAUCAGAAGUUCCAUUAAUGUAAGUACGAGUUGUGUGAAUGAUGUACAAGAUAUAUAUGCGAGGCCAAGUAAAGAAGUGGAAACAGA